AUGGACGAUGCGAAGACAAAAAAAGCUUGGGGUAUUUAUGACGAAACUGGUGUCUUCGUCGCCGUAUGCUGCCAUGGCUUUUGUUUACUUAUUGCAGACAUGGUGCAGAGCGGGGAGCGUGCAAAAUACCCCUUGGCUAUUGUUGCCAAGCUGCUAGAUGCAUUUGGCGAUGAUUUGGGCGGUGGCUAUGACAUCGGCUGUCAGUUUCAGACUACUCUCGACAACAGCUCUCUUGGUCCCCUGGCAGUUAUGUCAGCUUUUUUCAUUAUCAAAGGCAUUGGUAUCGAAGAUCUGGAGACUUGUGAGCGGACGUUCUCCAAGUCAAACUCCCUUGCAUCGGCUCUACGGUAUACUAGCAUUUUCCAUCGUCAACAGGCUAUCGAUUCAUAUUUCAAGCAUAACGACGAGCUUGAGGUAUAUGGCAAUCUUUCAAAUUUCUUGCAUGGUAACUACAAACAAGCUCUCGAGAUCAUCGCCAAUGGCGAAGCUGUCCUACCGAAGGUUAUGCAAGAGCUCAAAGUCGAAGACGAGAGCGUCUUUGAAUGUUUGCUCGAAGACAAGAAAAUCUACCUUAAGGGUCUAACACGAGAGCCUGAAGAAGAGACGCUUCAAAUGGAGUACUGGCAGAGAUUAGUCAAUCUUAGUGCAAGCAAAGUUGCUCUUGACACAGGAAUGAACAUGUUCGGAAUGCACAAUACUCCAUCAUAUGGCGCAGACAUUGGAAACACACACAAGGUUGAAAGCACGCGGCGCCACGCUCUCGAGGACUAUGAGAGAAACCUGAAGUUGGUUCAGUUAUUAGAAUGCAAACUCGGUAUCAUCGCUCGCUGGGUUCCAGAAGAUGAAGAAUGGCAGAAGGCAGGGAGACUCGUAGCUAAUAGAAAGUAUCAACGUGCCUUGGACCGUUUGGAAGGUUUGGUCGUGGCUCGCAUUUUCGAACUUGCGAAGAUGAAUAGGGCGGGGACAGGUUACAAACUGCGAAAACAUAUUGCGAGGGCCUUGCAGACACGCUCUGCCACCAUCAGGUCCACCCUCAACACAUACAACAACCUUGCCAGUGCAGUGUACCCUCCCCGGCAAAUACUCAAGUGGGAGGAUGUUGUCGAGUACGCCUUUCUCGCUGACUUCGAGCUGCUACGAAAGACGCACUCCGAUGUCUCUCAAUUACCUUGGUCAUCACCAGCAGCUCGGAGUGGGAUGGAUCUUUAUUUUAAAAUGUGUCGAGCACGCGAGGAGAUUUGUCGUCUGAAUAUUGAGGUUUGCCGUCUAGUGACAUAUAUACGAGAUGAAGACAAGUAUUUGCGGGUGUGCGAAGACCGACUCACAGUUGCUAACCCUGCCCUUGCCCAUCAAAUCACUAUACAUCGGAACAUUCAUGGCCGGUUCAACUCCCGCCAUAUCAAGCGGCUCGAUGAUAUCUCAAAGCUUCCCGGCUUCAAUGGUACACUCGUCCAUGGUCUAAGUGCUUGCACCGGUAUCGGGGAGAGUGCCAGCAUGCCAGAUCCUCUGAUUCCCGCCAACGUGUUUGCUGCCCAUAUACCUGCACACAACCCUUCAUCCCCUAUAGGUGCAGAUACUCAAGAGGAUUUAGAUGAGGAGGAGAUCGCAGAGGAGGUCACAGAAGAAGCCUCGAGGAGUUUGCAGGACAUUAUCACCAUCACCGCUGACUUCUCACAGCUCCAGGUUGUUGACAAUGGUGAAGUAGAGGAGUAG